AUGAGUAACAAUUUAGAGGAGAAAAAUUCCGACAGUUCUCCUGUCAAAGAGAUCCAUAUUCACGAUUUACAUUCAGUCAUCUCACGUCACACAGUUGACUAUGACUUAUACGUUGCUAAAUCCAACCCUACUGGUAUACAAAAUGCAGAAGGACAUCAAUUAAGACAAGCUUUAGAUUCUCGUCAUGUUAGUAUGAUUGCCAUUGGUGGUGCAUUGGGUACUGGUUUAUUAAUUGGUACUGGUUCUGCUUUAAAAACCGCAGGGGCUGGUGCUAUUUUAGUUGCAUACUCCCUUAUUGGGUUUGUUGUCUUUAUGGUCAUGAGUGGGUUAGGUGAAGUUGCAACUUUCGUUCCUUUGAAUGGUUUCGCUAAUUACUGUCAAAGAUAUGUCGACGAUGCUUUGGGGUUUGCUUGUGGUUAUGUCUAUUUAUUCAAAUAUUUGAUUUUACCUGCUAAUCAAUUAGUAGCCGGUUCCUUAACAGUCCAAUAUUGGGUGAGUGCAGAAAAGAUGAAUCCUGGUAUUUGGAUUACUAUUUUCCUUGUUAUUAUUUUGGCAAUUAACCUAUUGGGUGUGAGAUUUUUCGGAGAAAUUGAGUUCUGGUUAUCUACAUUGAAAGUAUUAACAUGUCUCGGAGUUAUCUUUAUCCUUUGGGUUAUUGCCUUGGGUGGUGCUCCAACCGGUGAUAGAAUUGGGUUCAGAUACUGGAAGAACCCAGGUGCAUUCCUUGAAUAUAAAGAUGCUUCAAAAGGUCUAGUAAUAGAAGGCUCCAAAGGUAAGCUUGUUUCUUUUGUUUCAGUUCUUGUCACUGCUGUGUUUGCUUUCUUAGGUACAGAAUUAGUUGGUAUUACUUUCUCCGAAACUAGAAACCCCCGUCGUUCCAUUCCUAAGGCUAUCAAGUUGACUUUCUACCGUAUUGUCAUUUUCUACAUCCUUGCUAUCUUCUGGCUUGGAAUGUGUGUAUCUCCAAAGGACCCGCUCCUUCUUUCCGCAUCUGGUAAUACUGCAUCAGCAUCCCCCUUUGUUAUUGCUAUCAAAAAUGCUAAAAUAGAAGCUUUAGAUCAUAUCCUUAAUGGAUGUAUCCUUUUAUUCGUUCUCCUGGCAGCUAAUUCUGACAUGUAUGUUUGUUCAAGAACUGUCUAUUCACUUUCGGUUGCUGGGUAUGCACCAAAGUUCUUCACAAAGACAAAUUCACUUGGUGUUCCAUACUAUGGAAUUGCACUUAGUUUUUCUUUUACAUUAUUGGCUUAUAUGACAGUCUCUUCGAGUGCUGCCCAAGUGUUUGUGUAUUUUGUUAAUGUGGUUUCCUUAACAGGAUUAAUUGCUUGGUCAUGUGUUCUCACUAUCCACAUUCGAUUCAUGAAAGCUUUGAAAGCUCAAGGGUUUGACAGGAAAACUGCAUUGGCUUACAGAUCGCCUUUCCAACCUUGGGGUUCAUAUUUUGCCUUGCUGGUUUGCAUCAUAGUCAUCUUUAUUAAGAACUUCACUGUUUUCUUGGGUGAUAGUUUCGCUUAUAAGAGUUUCAUCACUGGCUACAUUGUUCUUCCAAUAUUCGUGGUAAUGUACUUUGGAUACAAGAUUAUCUACAAGACUAAGAUUAUUAAACCAAAAGACGUUGAUUUGGAUACUUUCAGGGAUGUUAUUGAUGCUGAGUUUGAACAAUAUGAGGCUGAAGAUGAGGAAAGAAGGGCCCGUAGAGAAGCUGAAGGUAUUAAAUAUGACAAGGAAUGGUUUUAUGAUAAAUUCCUUGGAUGGAUUUUCUAG